AAAGAUUUAAAAACUUUAAAAAGAUUUUGUGUGUGUGUUUACAUGCAGAUGCCCUCAGAAUCCAUAAGAGGGCAUUGGAUACCCUGGAGUUAAGAGUUAUAGUAGUUGUGAACUAUCUCACAUGGGUGCUGGACACUGAAGUCUCAUCUUUUGCAAAAACAGUGCUCUUAUCAGGGAACUGGCUUUCUAGACUCUUAGAAGAUAAUAAUUUCUAAUAAAACUAACCCAGUCUGUUUGCUGUAAAUGUACUUUUGUAAGGUGAAUAAACUCAUACUUAAGUGUGAACUAGAGGAAAGAUUAAAAUAGAGAAUUAAUGUUUAUUUUUAUUAGCAUGUCGAUACUUAGUUUCUCUAAAUAAUAACGAUUGAACACAAAGAGUUUGGGAUUCACCAUUCUCCUUUUUGGCUCCAUUUAACCACAUUCAGUGUCUCGAAGGUGCUUAUUGCUCCAGCCUUCUUGAUACCUUUUUGUUACUAACCCUGCAGAAUGUGCCAUUUUUCAGGAAUCUCUGUCAUAUGUCAGGUACUAAUUUUCCUGAAUUUGCUGACAGGGAGGAGGUCGGGAGUGUGUGUCCCUUUUCCUGGCUUCAUUUUGCCUUUGCCAGUGCCACUCCUAUUCAUUGAGUGUAGGUAUGUGUUAGGAUUCUGCCUGUGAGUCCUCCUCUAGGAACAACUCUUCUAGUUCACACCAGCAGUUGAUUAACUUUAACCAUCACUCCUCUGAGGUGGGGAGGGGGACCGCAAGAGCAGGAGUGAGAUCUAUUUUAGUCAUCUGCUGGAAGAUUACAGACACACCUUAGCAGCUUCUGCUCAGUGAGCGCUAACGCCAUGCUCUGCCUUUGUGUUCUUAUUGCCCUAGCUGUGCCUAAAUCUGAAACCUGAGAGUCUUCUGGAUUCUUUCCUCACCUUCACCUUCAGUCAAGAUGCCAGUCAGUGUGGCUUCAGUCUCUGUGCUGUCUGGGUUUUAACCUUGCCUACUUAUUCUAACUUUGCCCCCUGCAUUUGAGACCUUAUGGCCUGUCACCUGGCAGUAUAAAAAUUUCCCUCAGUGGUGCCCUGUAGUUCACUGGGAUCUUUUUUCUCCUCACUACCUCUCCCUUUCCUACCCCAGUUAAGCUCUCCAACACUGAACAUCUUCUAUGCUUAUACAUAAUCUGAGUCCUGCCCUCCUCUCCUCUUUCCCAGGGCUGUUUCUAUUCUCAGGGCUAUCUUGCUAUAUCUUUUCUGUCUCCUGUUGACUGGCUGGCUAAUUCCUUUCUCUUAAAUACUGUACUUCUCUUUGCUCCUGAGGGAAUCUUAUUGUAGUAGUAGUGGUAAUGUAAUGAAUUGUGUUUUGUCUGUUCUCCCAAAUGUGUUGUAAGGUACUUGAGGGCACCGACUCUAAUCUUCAAUGUUUAUCACGCAAUAUGGUUGAAACAAAGCAAGCACUAAACAGUCUUUGAUACACCCACACCGGUACUGUCGUUUUCCCAAAGUGUGUUGGAGUAUGUACACAUACACACAUACACCCCUUAGGAACACACACACACACUCUUGUACUUUGCAGGACUAUUGAGACUGCUCAGAGCAAGGUAAGAGCACUUAAUGCACUUGCAGAACAAGUUUCUAUUCUAAGCACCACAUGGCAGGAUACAACAGUCUAUAUCUCCAGUUUUAGGAGAUCAAGCACCCUCUUCUGGCUGCCUUAGGCACUAGGUAUGCACUUGGUACACAGACAUAUAUGCAAGGAAAACACCCACAUGCAUAAAAUUAGUUAAAUGUAUAUGUGUACACAUACACACACAUGUUCAUGUACAAAGACUAGCAUGAUCUUCUACUGGUCUUGAAUAAUCCCUUCAAGAAUGAUCACUUAGUACAAACUAAGAUAGUUUGUCCUUUGUGUGCUGAUGGAACCAGCCACUGCUGGCACAUACAUGUUCAGCCUGUAUCUCCCAAUCAGGCCCUGGUGGUUUGAGGAGACAGCAAGAGUGAGAACCCUGGUGGAACUCCCACAGGUGACUCUAAAGCUGCUAGUGACCAUCUUUCCUUUAGAUGGCCAACAAAGAAAAAGGCACAAUACGUUUUUGAACUGAGACUAUUACUCCUGUACUGUCUUUCCCUUUUACUUUGAAAAUAGAAUCUACAUUAUGACAGGUAAAGUGUUAGGAGAGUAAGGCAAGUGCUUAGUAGAUUAAGAUUCAGCACACAGGCCUUGGAUACUGGCUUAUAUUCACUUUGCACAAUGUCUUCAAGGUUCAUCUUUAUUGUAGCAUGUGUUAAAUUUUCCUUCCUUUAAUAUUCUACAGUAUGUAUAUACUGCAUUUGGUCUAUUCCAGUGGUUCUCAGCCUUUGGCGUGAGUGUUGAAUGUCACCUUCAUAGGGGUGGCCCACGACCAUCAGAAAAUACAGAUAUUUUCAUUAGGAUUCAUAAUAGUAGCAAAAUUGCAGUUGUGAAGUAGCAACGAAUAGUUUUCUGGUUGGAGGUCACCACAACACGAGGAACUGUAUUAAAGGGUUGCAGCAUUAGGAAGUUGAGAACCACUGGUCUAUUCAUUCUGUCAGUGAAUACUUGGGUUAUUUCCUACAGUUUGGCUGUUGCCUGCCCAUCAUUUUAUUUAUUUUGGCCUUUUUUUUUUGUUUUGUUUUUGUUUGUUUUACUGGUCCUCAUGUAUUUACCCAGGUUGGCUUUGAACUUGUUGUAUAGCCAGGGAUGACCUUUAACUCUUGAUAUUGCAUGCACCACUGUCCAGUGCUGGGGAUCAAACUCAGGGCUGGGCAAGCACUCUACCAACUGAGCCACACCCUCAGCCUUACUGUUUUGUUGUUGUUUGUUCGUUUGUUUUUGAGACAAAGCUUUGCUGUAUAGCCCAGGCUAUCCUAGAACUUUCUCCUGCCUCCUGGUAAUGCUAGUAUUACAGGUGUUCGCAUCCUUAUAUUUCCCACCAUUUAAAAUACCAUUAAUUUGUUAGGAGAAAAAAGCCAGGUCAGUGAUUUUUCAUUGCAUUGCACCAUGGGAAAUUAUCAUUUUUUUGUGGUUUAGAACAACCAAGAAUCAGCAGUUUCAUAUGGCUGAGCCUAAUAGAAGGUCCUGGCACAGUCUUGUCUUUUCUCAUGGUGAGGUUUAGUUUGUUCCUUUAGUCUGCACCGUCCUUGGGCUUUUCUGUAAACUGGGAGUUAAACUUACAGGGAGUUGGUCAGAUUCAGUUUGCUUCUGACAAGACUUAAAUAAAUCACACUAGCCUUCAAACUCCCUCUGUAGCUAAGCCUUGCCUUGAACUUCUAGCCUCCCGCCCCUAUUUCCUAAGUGUAGGAUUACAGGUGUUGACCUGCAUUCACAGUUUGGCAUAUUUUUUAUCAAAAAAAAUUUCUUUUCUUUUCUUUUUUUCGGAGCUGGGGACCGAACCCAGGGCCUUGUAGGCAAGCGCUCUACCACUGAGCUAAAUCCCCAACCCCUUUAUCAAAAAUUUUAAUUGAUGCUAUGUAUCUUAGAAUAUAUGCUGAUAAUGAUAUUAUUUGAUUGCAGGGUCACAGAUAUGAAAGUUACUCUAUUUGCUGAGAUGAAUUUUAGUUAUUUUAGAGAGUUAUGACACACAGGAACUUUUGCUAUCAAGUAAAGGAGUUACAAAGUAUAUUCUAGAAAGCCAGGCUUCAGAGUCAGCGGUAUUGUCCGGGGUGCUUGCAGCAUUCCUACAUUGACUUUAUUUUGCUAGUACAAAGUUUGACUGUAGCAUUCCUUCCAGGUCUGCUCUUCGAUCACCAAGGGAAGGGAGGACAUAGUAGUAGUUAGGCAGAUGUAACCCUCCUUUCUAUGGAUAUGCCAUACCCUUGUCAUGUCGAUUAUGAUAUGGAAUUAAUUCUUCUGAAAAAAUGAUUUAGGAAAAUGGAAAUAUUCCCCCCUGAUCUAGGGAGUCUUGGUCAGACAGACUGAUGCUGAACAGGUUUUAGCUACAGCUUAGCAGGUUGUAACAGGGACUGACCUCUGUAGAACUGUCAGAGUAGAGGAGGGAGAGAAAGGGAGUGACUGAGCUGUCAGGCUUUCUGGUUAUACAAUUCCUUAUCUACCAGUUUUAGAGUGCUGUGUUCUAAAAUGUCUUACACUGUUGUCUGCCCUCUUAUGAUAAGAUUUUGUUUUAUUGGUUCUUAAUAUCCAUUAUACAUAUCCUUUUUAUAGGUAAUGCCUUCAGAUUUUUUUUUUUUAGCUAAGUUAAAACUUGCUUUUUUAUUCUUAUACUUGUGGAGUUUUUGUUCAUCCCUUUUGUGGGGCUGAAUCUGCUGCUCUUUCUGAUUCGUCAGUAUGUUUUCUGUAGUAGCCUUCUCUCCCUUUCUUAUUUGAUUCACAGACCCUAGUGAUUAGAAAACAGACUUAAUAACACUUAAGUUUUCCUGUGUUCCAAGCAGAGUUUCAUCAUAAAAUUUAUAAAUAUGAGAGACUGGAGAGAUGGCCAAUGGUAAGGAACACUAGCUCCAGAGGACCUGGGUGCAAUUUCUGCACCCAUGUGGUGGCUUACAGUCUUAGAUUUUUAACUUCAUUUCUGGGGAAUCUGUGCCCUCUUCUGUUCUCUGCAGGUGCUGCACACGUGAGGUACUCAGAUAUACAUGCAAGCAUAACACUCUUACAUAUAGGAUUAAGUUAGAAAAGAAGAACACACACAGAUGAAGGGAGUUUUAGGGGGAGAUUCUUCCCUAGGCUUAGUAUUCAGUGUUGUGUACUAACUUCUCUAAUACUUGUAUGCAGUUUGCUGCUAGAGUAUAGACAGAGGCAAUGCUUGACCAUACCUAAGGAAAUGGAGUAGGUUAUAGGAAGGUUGUACUUGAAAUAUCUCUAGGAGGACAGACUUGUAGGCCCAGCAUUUGUGAAGAGUUGAAGCAGUGGCAUCACAUUUAUUAUUUCUUUUUGGUAACAAUGCUUUGCUUUGGCCUUUGGAAGCUACUUUCCUGUCAUUGACUGUCUCUUGGUAGGUUUCUUUUUGUUUUGUUUUGUGUUUUGAGAAGGAGGUCUUAGGUAGCUUUGGCUGAGCUUGAAUUCUGGUCCUCUUGCAGGUACCUCCCACAUGCUGGGAUUGCAGGUGUUUACCACCAUAACCAGCUUUCUUGGUGCGAUUUUUCUUUUUUUUUUUUUCUUUUUUUUUUUUUUUUCCGGAGCUGGGGACCGAACCCAGGGCCUUGCGCUUGCUAGGCAAGCGCUCUAGCACUGAGCUAAAUCCCCAACCCCAGUGGGAUUUUUCAAUCUGAAUGCUUUUGUCUCUACUUAAAGUACCUCACCAUUUUUUCUGGCCAACACAAAUUAUACCAAUUAAGUUCUGUUCCUGGUGUUUAUAUCUUAUUUUAGAAAAUUGAAAAACUAUUUAUAUGGGGGUAGUGUGGUUUUUGUGCAUUUGUUUGCAUAUCCUAUGUUGCAAAUACUGCAGUACAUGUAUUCCUGAUCUAGAACACACUACUGAUCAGCAAAGAGGCACAGGGAAGAUAGUUUGCAGGGGUCUGUUCUCUUUUCACCAUAGGAUCCUGGGAUUUAUCUUAGGUUGCCAGGUUUGGUGGCAAGUACUUUUACCUACUUAGUUAGCUUCCUGGCUGGCCCUAGGCAUUUUGAGUGGGAUCUCCCUUGAAGGUCUUGUUACUUCCUGCCAUCUACCUCUGGGAGCUGUUUUGAUCCCUGUGUUUUAAUAGACGAGUAUCUUAGUUCUGAAGAUUGCUUUAUAUUUUUUUAGAUUUUCUUGCCCCCAUUCCUUCCUUUUUCCUUCUCAAGUUAACUGUGAUGUUUGUAACAUAAUUCUUAGGUGAUUAAUUGUCUUGGAAUGGAAGGACUUCCUAGGAGAUAGGACUGAGUGUUUAUUUUAGGCAAACGUUAACAAGUCAUUUUGAUUGAAGUAUAAAGACAAUGAGUUCUGGAAUCUACUUUGAAUUCUGAACUGAGUUUGAGGAAUUAAACAUCAAAGAUAACGAUUACCAGUAACUGUGGAACACUUAACAGUGAGCAAAACACUCAGUCUGUAAGAAUACUCUUAAUGGUCACAAGUGUUCUGUUGCGGGAUAAGGAAAUCAGUUAGGUAAAUUGCUUAAAAACAUGGAACUAGGAAGGGGCAAGACCAGCAUUUAUUCCAGCUUGUCAGCCCUGCCCUCUAGUAACCCUCCCACUCUGCCUCAGGGGUCUUGCUUGAAGAAUGAGAUUACCGGUGGAACUGCAUUCUCAGCACAGAAGGCCUUUAGGGAAAGCAACCAUAUAAACUGGCCUGGGCAAGCCAAUGAAGACUUCAUAACACAUACAAGUGUGUCAGGUGCCGACAAUGCGAAGACACAGAAAUGAGGUGACAGUGGAACUCCGGAAGAACAAAAGAGACGAACACUUACUGAAAAAGAGAAAUGUUCCCCAAGAAGAAAGCUUAGAAGAUUCAGAUGUUGAUGCUGAUUUUAAAGCACAAAAUGUAACACUAGAAGCUAUAUUACAGAAUGCUACAAGUGAUAAUCCCGUAGUCCAGUUGAGUGCUGUGCAGGCAGCAAGGAAACUAUUAUCCAGUGACAGAAAUCCACCAAUUGAUGACCUAAUAAAAUCUGGGAUUUUACCAAUUCUAGUCAAAUGUCUAGAAAGGGAUGAUAACCCUUCAUUACAGUUUGAAGCUGCUUGGGCCCUAACUAAUAUAGCAUCAGGAACUUCUGCACAGACUCAAGCUGUUGUACAGUCUAAUGCCGUACCACUUUUCCUGCGACUCCUCCAUUCCCCACAUCAGAAUGUUUGUGAACAAGCAGUGUGGGCUUUGGGAAACAUUAUAGGUGAUGGUCCUCAAUGUAGAGAUUAUGUCAUAUCACUGGGAGUUGUCAAACCUCUUCUGUCCUUCAUCAAUCCCUCCAUUCCCAUCACCUUCCUUCGGAACGUCACAUGGGUCAUUGUCAAUCUCUGCAGGAAUAAAGACCCCCCACCGCCUAUGGAGACAGUUCAGGAGAUUUUGCCAGCUUUAUGUGUCCUCAUCUACCACACGGACAUAAAUAUUCUUGUAGACACUGUUUGGGCGCUGUCAUACUUGACAGACGGAGGGAAUGAGCAGAUACAGAUGGUUAUUGACUCAGGGGUUGUACCCUUCCUCGUGCCCCUUCUGAGCCACCAGGAAGUCAAAGUUCAAACCGCAGCACUCAGAGCAGUAGGGAACAUAGUGACUGGCACUGAUGAGCAGACCCAGGUGGUCCUCAACUGCGAUGUCCUGUCCCACUUCCCAAACCUCUUGUCACACCCAAAAGAGAAAAUAAACAAGGAAGCAGUGUGGUUCCUUUCCAAUAUAACAGCAGGCAAUCAGCAGCAAGUUCAGGCUGUGAUCGAUGCUGGGUUAAUCCCUAUGAUUAUUCAUCAGCUCGCUAAGGGGGAUUUUGGAACACAAAAGGAAGCUGCUUGGGCAAUCAGCAACUUAACGAUAAGUGGCAGAAAAGACCAAGUUGAAUACCUUGUACAACAGAAUGUAAUACCGCCAUUCUGUAACUUACUGUCAGUAAAAGAUUCUCAAGUGGUGCAGGUGGUUCUGGAUGGUCUAAAAAACAUCCUGAUAAUGGCUGGUGAUGAAGCAAGCACAAUAGCUGAGAUCAUAGAAGAGUGUGGAGGUUUGGAGAAAAUAGAAGUUUUGCAGCAACAUGAAAAUGAAGACAUAUAUAAAUUAGCAUUUGAAAUCAUAGAUCAAUAUUUCUCUGGUGAUGAUAUUGAUGAAGAUCCUAGCCUCAUUCCUGAAGCAACACAAGGAGGUACUUACAAUUUUGACCCAACAGCCAACCUUCAAACAAAAGAAUUUAAUUUCUAAGGUCAAUUAAGUGCAGCAUCUUUGAUUCAAUAUGAAACACCACCAGAUGGCCACCAAGCGAUAAGACAGCAAGCAACAGAAGGCUCCCAGCAUUCUUGCCUCUUCAUUUUGAUGCUUCUAAAGCAAGCCAUGUCUCAGUCACUUUGCAGUUGCCAAAAGUCACUCUCACAUGGACUGUAAAUGCAUAUGCAUGAUUUCCUAAACUGUUUUAGAAUUCUCCUUAACCAUCUCAACUCCCCUAUAUUUUCCAUGCUCCCUGGUGCCACAUGCUGACAACUGCAGUCUCCAGUUAGAAUAUUCCAUAGUGGUGGUUUAUCAGCUGCCCACUGAUACAGCCUUUGGAAAAAGGUGCGCUGUGGAUCAAGACACUUUGGUAUGAUGUAUACUCAUGUUGGAAGACUACAGAGGUGCAGUGUGAUCUGAGCCUCCAUCACUGUCCUCCACAAACAUAUUUUCGUAUUCUUAUGUGGAAGAAUUAAAGUACAAGCCAAAUGAUUUUCAUUGGUGAAACUGACACAAAAGUAACUUAAAAACAAGAAACUUGGUUGUUGAUUAAAAAGAUAAGUUUUUUAAAACUGUACUUCACCUACCAUUAAUUGAUGUUUAUUAUCUGCCUCAGAAGCCAGGGUUGGAGGAAGAGCUUUAGAUAUCAAUGGUAACGCUUUCGCCAUUCUACCUAAUUUUUGAGAACAGCAAAUCCUAUUUGACCACUCACUUCAGCCUGUGUGUUCCUGCUGUUUUGAAUAAUCAAAUGCUGUGCAUGGUCUCUACCUGAGCUGCAACCUGUUACAGACUUGAACUUCUGUUAAGUUGAAAGCAAGAGUCCUUGACUACAAAAAGACUUACAUAAAUAAAUAAGUCAAAACAAGAAUGGAAAGGGUCUAAAUACUCAUUAGUAAUGUUUUAAGACAAAGUCUUGCUUUCAGCUUCCAGGGGUUAAUUUUAUUUUUUGUUUUAAAUUGAUAAUUGGAUAUGGUUGAUUUAUAUUGGGUUUAAACUGUGGAGCUUUCAUGUUUACUGUAAUUAGUCUUAAAAUAUUUUUUACUUAGUAACCAGUACUUUUGAUAAUGUGGUGGCAACAAACCAGCAACUAUUUAGAAGUGUUACAAGACUUCGUUCUUGAGUAUUGGGAGCUCAUUCAGACCCCACUCAAAGCAUCUGCACAUAUUAAAAGAUAAACCAAGGAUCUGCGCGGAGGAAUGGUCUGUAGUUAUUUAACUCAGCCUGAUUUGCAGUGAUCUUUAGCUCUGCAACAUCUGGCAUUACUAUGUAAAGUCAUUGCUUUUGGCAAAUGGUCUGACCCAGUUAUUAAUGAAUGAAUAUGAAUUUGAAAUUUUUUAAACUAAAUAACUUGUGCUGUCACAGAAAUGGUUUUGUUGCUCUUGUUCACUGGGUAUAAUUUCCCAAUGCAUUGAUGUGAAGGGAUAGAAAUCUGAACUAAGUUAGUUUUCCGACGGGGGUGUAUUUACUGUGAUGAAGAGAACAGAUGCCAUCGGAGCUUUGUGAAUCGGCUGGGGUGUUUUCACUGACAGACAACACAGAGCAGGUGUGCUUCAUUACAAACGUGUAUCUGCCAAGGUGGGGCCACUUUAAAGAGGGAGUUUUGUCUUGUAUCUAAAACGGAUACAAGCGUAUGUUUAAACUGCAAGAUUUUUACUUGCUAGAGAAUCUGUUUUAAUAUAGUGGUUUGGCCUCUGAUUAUUUAUAGGUUUUAUAAAUUUUAGAAUCAAUUUCUCUUUAAGGUGGCUCAGAUUUUUCAACUCUUGUGCACAUAAAAUUGAGUUGAAGUUCAUUGUGCCUUUUUUCUUUACCCAGAUUUUGAGUUAAAGCUUCAUAUGGUAACUGCAUCCUGUUCAAACACUUGUCUAAAUUUUGAAACUGUGUAGUUGUUCACUAAAAGUAGGAGUAACAAAGUCAGAAUGAAUUAAGGUCACACACUUUGGUGAAACCCUUAAAGUCAAAAUAUCUUCUUGAUAUUGUGAAUUGUCCCCUUUCCAGUUUAUUUUCUUCUCGACUCUCCCUACUUAACUGACAGUUACCUUUUCAAAUUUGCACACAUUGAGAUUAAAAUUGGGCCUCUACUGUGAUGAUUCCUAUUUCCUCUUGCGUCCUAAGUGCACACUAACCUUUGAGUAACGUUAGCAUCGAGUAGUGCAGACCCUGCAUCUGCUUGAUCCGGUUUGCUGUGACCUUACCGGUUUGAAUUGGAAUCGCACCACUUCGUAGAUAAGGAAACUGAGUGUAUUGCUGCACUUUUAGGUUUUCAAAACAGUGUUUUAAAAUUGCAUUGUUUCUAUUUUUUUUUAAACUCAGUUUAAAAAAAGACUAAAAUGUUCUUUCAAAAGAGGCAUCUAAACGUGUUCCUAAUUUUGUAUAUGGGCUUAGGUUUUGUAACCAAUAAAAAAGCUGCUAUCAAAUAUGAUAAAA